AUGAAUGCUGGAAAAAAAUAUCUGCCGCUACCAGGGAAACUGUAUGGAAAAUGCUGUUCACUGCUAAACACUGAGCCAGCAAAAACUGACAAGACCUUAAAGAAAAUAUCUACAGAAACACCAUUAGACGAUUACAAAUAUAAUGUGGAAGCUCAGGGCGAAAUUGAUGGUGACGAUGAGGAUGGCUACAAGCAAGUAUUUGCCGAAGCUAGAGAGAUGGUAUGGCAGCUUUUGUUUGGAGAAAAUCAAUUAAGUGCCGAAUACGCUAAAAAAGCCGCUGAACUUUUAGAGGAAUAUAAGCGAGCCGCAUGUUUCUAUGGCCCCUAUGACUACAAUGAUUGGAUACCAAAAGUGAGAGAUGAACUUUUAAAAAGAAAGUAUUUUGAUGUUUGGCAAGAUGUAAUAGUGAAAAAGGAAUUGGGUUUGUGCUGGGCUCGAGAUUCUGACUUUUUCGAUGAUAUGGAAGAUACCCAGCCAAAGGAGUUUUAUAAAGUGGGUGAGGAUUUUAUCAAGAAACAGAAAAAGUAA